AUGACACAGCCGGAUAAUCUGUGUGAAACUUUCUACCCUAAAAUGAAAAUGGAAAAUAAUGAAGGAAUAAAUAUGAAUCAGUUAAUUGACAGAAAAAUAUCUUUACAAAAUUCAAUAGGAACCGGAGUUACACCAUGGCUAAUGUACUUUUGUGCAUUUGCAGCUGACUUACCUUUGAUAACUGUUGGCAGUUGUUUGGUUUGGGGCUCACCAGCAAUUCCGAAAUUAAGAUCAAAUGACACCGAAAUUAACCCCUUAGGAGAACCCAUCACACCAUUCCAAACUUCAGUAAUAGUGUCAGCUUCACACUUUACUACGAUAUUUCUCUUAUUAAUAUUGGCUAAAGUGUCCAAUGUACUGGGACGUAGAAAAUGUUUAAUACUGCAUUCACUUUUCUUGGUUAUUUGUUUAAGUGCAGUUGCAAUGGCUACAAAUAUAUAUGUUUACUAUAUAUUUUUCCUUCUAAAUGGUAUAAAUGUAUCUGGUCUAUACAUUAACUCGACGUGUUAUAAUAGUGAAGUUGCAGAUGACAAGAAUCGAGCCUGGAUGGGUUGCGUAGAUGGUCUUUGCUUGCCUCUUGGUACUUUACUUGCAUUUACUUUUGGAUCAUUUACAAGCAUACGAGUGUAUACGUUACUCUGUGCUGCACCUGCUUUUAUUUAUCUCAUAGUAUCCCUUUUCACCGUGGAAUCACCAAUGUUUUUAUUGUACAAACAUAAAAAUGAGGAAGCAUUCAAAACAUUAGAGAAAUUAAGAAGGCAUAGAAACAUGGAAGAUAUUCAAUCGGAAUUCGAUAGAUUGAAAGAUUUAAGUUUAGAAGUAAACUGUCAAAAGAGUAAGUGGUGCGAUAUUUUUAGUACUCGUUCAUCAAGGAAAGCUUUGUUUAUUGCAUCACUGCUAUUCGUCUCUCAACAAACGAGUGGCGUGUCUACCAUUUUAGCAUAUGCAGGUACAAUAUUUACUGAAGCCGGUGCUUCGGUAUCAGCUAACACAGUCAGUGUUUUAAUGGGUGCUAUGCAGGUAUUUGUAAAUCUUAUGGUGGUUUCAUCAGUUAAUACAUUAGGCAGAAGAAGACUUAUUCUCGUAUCUUUGCUAGGAUGUUCUGUAUCAACAUUUACCUUAGGAAUAUAUUUUUAUUUGAAAAGCUACUCUUCCGUUGAGGAGUUUAACUGGCUGCCAGUUGUAUGUGCCUUAACAUUUAUGAGUUCAUACGCUCUAGGACUAGGACCUAUUAUUCCAUCUUACGUAAGUGAGCUAUUUCCCAAUGACACUAGAGCAACCGGUGUUGCUAUGACUGCCAUAUUUGAUGCAGUUGUAGCUUUUUCUGUCAAUUUUGGAUUUCCUCUGUUGAUGGACCGGCUUGGAAUUUAUGGUUGUAUGUUCAUAUACAGUGGAUUUGGCUUUUUAGGAUUUCUCACAAUAUUUCGGGUUUUACCGGAAACAACAGGCAAGGGUUUUAAUGAAAUUCAGUUACUCCUAAAGGAAAAAUCAAGAAAAUAUUACACCCUUCCAAUGGCACUACAGCCAAUACAGGGUUCUUCUACAGCUUCUUUCAGCAAGCUUCUCCAAUCAUGUAGAUUUGUAGAUUUAUUUCUGUUUCCCAUGCACGCGUUCAUAGGAGGUUUUUGGCAUCCUCAUCUACUUGGUAUUCCCAAAUAG